GCCACACCCUCUCCUUUCUCUGCCAGCCCGCACCCGCCAUGGACGCGUCCACCGGCGGCUUCAUCCGCACCGCGCUGGCCCGGCCGACCCCCGGCAGCGACUCCAGCCUCGCCGUGCCGCCCGACGAGCGAAUACAGGCCGCUGACAGGAGUCACCGGCUCCGGCAGCAGCUCCGUCUGGCCCUGGCCCGGAGGGAGACGGCGACAGGUGGUCCUCAGCAAGCUCUGCUCUCCCCUGGUCCUGUUUACCACAAGACUCCGUCGACGUUCGACUGCUUCACCAUCCCACUGCCAGGCAGCAGCUACAACUCAUCCAAGCACCAGCAAUCUGUGAGAUACGGAGCAAAGCCAGGUCAGACCAGGCAAGCCCUUCAGUUCUCCUCCGAGACGAGGAGGUUCCAGUCCCAAGGCCUGCAGAGUCAUGCCACCAAACCUUCCUACAGGAUUGAGGUUGCUGUUGACGACAGCCCUGUCGUGGUGCGCAAUUGGCUGCGGAGGGGACCCAGCUAUCGCAGCGAGAGGCCCAGUGAGAGAAUCCGGGCGGUGAGCUGUCGGCAGCGCGGCUCUGCCGGCUGGGCGGGCAAUGCCAGGUUUUCCUCGUGGCACUCCUCCAGGUACCCGCAGUCAGAAACCUUCAGCUUUCGCAUUCCACCUCUGAUCCGCAGGUCUCUGUCCCAGCCGGCCCAGUGGCAGGUCAGACCGGUGCCUGAGGAGCCUUCAUCUCCUGACAGUGUUUUCCUUCAUGAUUUCCCCAUGGACUGCAUCGUACAACAGCACUCCAGGGUCUUCCAAACCAAGUCCAGCACCGUCAGGAGGCACCAGAGCAGCUCCUUGGGGCAGCAGCUUCAGGGGGUGUCACUGAGUAAUGGCGAAGACUCACAGAGCAGGCCGGAGCCUGUGGUGUGCAGAUACAACUGGAACCAAGAGUCAGUCCAGACUAGCAACGCCACUGCUGACACUGGUGCAGUCACCCAGGGGUUAGUUCUACCGGAGGCUUCCCCACUUCAAGCCCAGAGCAUCAGUAGUACCUUGGCCUCUCGAGAGGACCACGAAACGCAAGAGGCGCAGCCCAGUGCUUCGGCAAGGUCUCUGUCCCAGCCGGCCCAGUGGCAGGUCAGACCGGUGCCUGAGGAGCCUUCAUCCCCUGACAGUGUUUUCCUUCAUGAUUUCCCCAUGGACUGCAUCGUAGGACAGCACUCCAGGGUCUUCCAAACCAAGUCCAGCACCGUCAGGAGGCACCAGAGCAGCUCCUUGGGGCAGCAGCUUCAAGGGGUGUCACUGAGUAAUGGCGAAGACUCACAGAGCAGGCUGGAGCCUGUGGUGUGCAGAUACAACUGGAACCAAGAGUCAGUCCAGACUAGCAACGCCACUGCUGACGCUGGUGCAGUCACCCAGGGGUUAGUUCUACCGGAGGCUUCCCCACUUCAAGCCCAGAGCAUCAGUAGUACCUUGGCCUCUCGAGAGGACCACGAAUCGCAAGAGGCGCAGCCCAGUGCUUCGGCAAGUGUCAGUGUCGAUGACAAUGGAGAGUGGACAAUGGAAACGGCUGUUUCUGCUCUGACACAAGAAAAGAUGGACUACGUGGUGUACGGAGCCAAUUUUAUCCAACAUGAAUGCUUCCAGAGACCUGAGGCGAAGAAAGAGUUGUACGAGUUGGAUGGAAUCGAGAAGCUCGUCGCUCUGCUGAGCAGCGAGGACGUGGAGGUUCAGAGGGCAGCGUGUGCGGCCAUCCGCAACGGGGUGUUCGAGGAGAACAACAGCAAGAUCGAGGUGAAGAAGCACGAUGGACUCCAGAAGCUGGUGGAGCUACUGGGGCAGAGCAAGGACAUUGAGACCAAGAAACAAGUCACCGGUUUAAUGUGGAACCUGUCUUCGAGUGAGGAGCUGAAGAAUGAGCUGAUCAAAAAGGCCCUGCACCCGCUGACAACGACCAUCAUCAUCCCGUAUGCUGGUUGGCCUGACGGAGAUGUUAAAGUCAUCGAUAUGGAUCCUGAUAUCUUCUACAACACCACAGGCUGCUUGAGGAACCUGAGUUCAUCAAGUCCCGAAGGCAGGAAGCAAAUGCGGGAAUGUGAGGGAUUAAUUGACUCCCUUGUCCUCUAUAUCCAGUCCACCAUCGCCAAUAACCAGGAGGAUGACAAGUCCACAGAGAACUCCACAUGCGUGCUGCAUAACCUUGCCUUCCAGCUGGAGCACGAGCUGCCCAGUGCCUACGUGGAGAGCCUGGGCUGGAGGAAUGACUCUUCGGCCCAGCAGAAGUCAGCAGGAUGCUUUGGAGCUCGGAGCAACAAGCUGAAAGAGGAGCGAAUGGUGAGCAGUGCGUGUAUUGAGGAGAAGAGGAAUCCACAGGGCGUGGAGUGGCUUUGGCACAGCCUGGUUGUGAGGAUGUACCUCUCCCUCAUCGCAAGGAGCUCUCACACGUGUACGCAGGAGGCGUCUCUGGGAGCCCUGCAGAACCUGACGGCCAACAGCGGUGUGAUGGGGUAUACCAUUACUGAGAUUAUUACCACGAAGGAGAAUGGAAUCCAGCACCUCCGACGCACUCUGCACUCCAAGGAUUUGGGCGUGCAGAAGGCAACCAUCUCCUUACUACGGAACAUGGCUCGAAACCCCAGGGUCCACGACCAGUUGGUCAAUCUGAUCAUGCUGGACCUGAUCUCCAUCCUGCCCGAAGCAGACGCAAGUACUGACAUCCACGAUGACACGGCCGCCCUCACCUGCCAGGUGCUUUACAACCUCGUCCAGAAUAAACCCCAACACGCUCGCGGCAUCGUCCAGGAUGGGCUGGCAAAGAUAGUCGCCUUGAGCAGACACAGCCAACACAGAGCAAGCAAUGCAGGGAAAUCUGCUUCCAACCUUCUGUACACCUUGUGGUUGUUCCGGGAUCUCCACAGUGCCUACAAGAAGGCUGGUUUCACGAAAUCCGAUUUCAUCAACAGUCAGACAACCAAGGUGUACCACGCUCUCCGGGAUCAGAGGGUGUCAUUCUGAGGCAGGCGUACUAACCUGGUCCAGGGUGUUCCGGGGAAACUGAUCCUGGAACUGUCCACAACUUGGGUUUAUCACUCAGCCACAGCUCGCCAGCUUGGGAGAUUCUGAACAUCAAAUGCUACCAGUUUUCGUGUUAGUAAGGAUUGAAACAGCAAUGAACGAGUUGGACCUGCCACACAAAAUGUGAUAUAGCUGGAUAUGUUGCCUCAUCCGUGCUCCGUCUGUAAGAUUCAAGAUCGUUUAAUGCCAUUUCCAGUACACAAGUAUAAAGAAUUAAAUAAUUGCUACCCUGGAUCUGAUGUAGCAAAAAAAACAAGAUAAAGAACGAAACAAUAAAAAAAUGCAAUAACAC